AUGAGACAGGAGACUUGCUCCCAAGAGGAUAGGAUGCUCGGCGUCGGCUCCCAGCGCACGGUGCGCUGGCCCCUGGCCACCUCCUCCUUGGUGGGCAGUGCUUGUGCCAUCUCUUUCUGGGAGUCCGGAGACAUGAUCCGGGGUCUCUGCAGUGGGGAUGCCCGGCGUGCCCUGUGCUGGACGCUCUUCCUCUGUCCCAUGGCCUGGCCUUGCCACGCGCGGUGGGCUUGGGGCCCCAAGGUCAAGAACUUCCAGCGCACUUCUGGCACGGACCUAGAGGAGCUGGUGGGCCAGCCGAUGCAAGUACGACAGGUUGCACCUCAAGUGACUGGCAACUUCUUGGCUUUCCCAGACCAGCAUGUGGGGCCGGACCCGAGCUUCCAGCAGCCGGAGCUGUGCGGAAAAGACCUCGGCACUUGCGAGACGCUGGAGGGCUGCGUGGGGGCCAUGACAUCCGAGGUGGACAUCGCGGUGUGGGAUCGCCACAGCAAGUCACUGCGGGCCCUGGCCGUGCCACGAAGGGCCAUGUUUUCGAUGCCCUACCACAGAGCAACUGGCAUGGUAACUCUGCAGAGGAAUUGGAUACCUCUCUGCGCACAGCACCUGGACCUCUCACACGGCCCCAGGGCACAGUACCUGGGAAGCCUUGGGACGGUGUGGACGACCCAGGAGUGCUUAGAGCUUCUGCUGGACCAUCCCAAGGCCAACUAUGCGGUGUGGCUCAGGGCGCAGGACCAUGUGCUGCACAUCUUCGAUGUGACCCCGAAGCUCAAGGCCAAGGCGUUGCGCUUCUACAAGCAGCCGGGAGUCCUCAGCUUUCGGUCCACGGCUCAGGCAUACAGGGGCCCUGAGGCCAUCUGUCUCAAUGAAAUGGAUCCGUAA